UCCCACACGGGAACAAAACGUCCCUGUGGACCUUUCCAGCUUUGAAGCUCCUGCAGAGCCGUGUGGGAAGUGCAGCCAGGACCUGGCCACGGGCAACCAGGGACAGGACGAGAGGACAGAGCCUCAAGCUGCGCCAGGGGAGGUUUCAGUUGGACAUCAGGAGGAAUUCUCCACAGAAAGGAUGACUAGACUUUGGAAUGGGCUGCCCAGCAUCCGCAGGGCCGUGUCGCUGCUCAACGCCGUGGACUCCGGCCGAUUCCCGCGGCUGCUCUCCCGCCUUCUCCAGAAGCUGCACCUGAAGGCUGAAAGUACCUUCAGUGAAGAGGAGGAAGAAAAACUUCAAAUAGCUUUUUCAUUGGAAAAGCAGGAUCUUCAUCUGGUUCUUGAAACUAUAUCCUUCAUUUUAGAACAGGCAGUCUAUCAUAAUUUGAAGCCUGUGUCAUUGCAACAGCAGCUACAGAGCAUUCACCUGGAUCAAGACAAAGCCGAAGCAUUUGCUACUGCAUGGGCGGCGGCAGGUCAAGAUACGAUUGAAAAGUUCAGGCAGAGGGUUUUGACCCCUCAGAAGCUUGAGACAAUUGGAUGGCAGCUUAAUCUUCAAAUGGCAGAGUCCAAGCAAGCAAAGCUGAAGUCUCCUCAAGCUGUGCUAGAGCUGGGAGUGAGCAAUGAAGAUUCAAAGAACCUGAAGAAAGUGUUUGUAGAAUUUAGCCAUCAGGAGCUGUUUGAGUUCUAUAACAAGCUGGAAACUAUACAAGCACAGCUGGAUUCCCUUACGUGAUGUUUUUGAAGACUUAUUUCUCCAUCACACUCCUGCCACCUCAUUAUUUUGAAUUGAAGAUAGAUUGCCAAGCUGUGUUUGCUGAAGGAUUCAGUGGGUUGCUUCUUGUAAAAUUAUAUGGCUUAUCUACUUUUUAGACCAGUACUGUUAGCCAAGAGUCUUUGUUAACAGUGUGAAGAUUCUAAUGGACUUUCUCUUGUUUGCUGAGCAAUUGUGAAAAAUGGCUUUACCUGCAGUGGAAAAAAACAAAACAAAACAAAAACCAACAAACCCAAACCAAAACAGAAUACUAUGUGCUUCAGAAAUUUAAUUUUUUCUUCCAUCCUUUUCUAUGGGUUAGUUAAUUCUGGUAGAAAUUUGCAUACUAGUGAGGGACCAGGAGUAAAAUCUAUUUUUUAGACAUAAAAGAAAUAUAGAAGCUGUAAGAAAAUACACCGCCAAUCAAAUAUCUAAAAUCUCUAUUCUUUUUAAAUGUUAUUCACACAGUUGAUAAUGCUUGCUGCAGAUUUGUCAAAAUAAAUUCAAAAUGUAAAAAUUAA